AAGCAGGGGGCCUGGGCUGUGUCGGCGACGCGGAGCUCCCAGGUCUUUCCAAUAUGGUAUGGGACUAAAGUCUAGUCUGCUCCCAGGGUGCUUUGGGUCCGGAUGAAGCAAUGGAUGUGAAAAUGACAGUUAUACUCUGUUGUGGCAGAGGUGGAGGAGACACUAAAGCGACUUCAGAGCCAGAAAGGAGUACAGGGAAUCAUCGUGGUGAACACAGAAGGCAUUCCCAUCAAGAGCACCAUGGAUAACCCCACCACCACACAGUACGCCAACCUCAUGCACAAUUUCAUCCUGAAGGCACGGAGCACUGUGCGUGAAAUUGACCCACAGAACGACCUGACCUUCCUUCGAAUUCGCUCCAAGAAAAAUGAAAUUAUGGUUGCACCAGAUAAAGACUAUUUCCUGAUUGUCAUUCAGAAUCCAACCGAAUAAGCCGCCCUUGGCUCCCUGUGUCAUUUCUUAAUUUAAUGCCCCCCAAGAAUCAUGUCAACUGACUAGCACUUGGAGCCCAGUCAAACCAGUCCAGUGACCAGGGGUAGGCAGCCCCACCCCCCCCACCAGAGAAGCCCCUCUGACGCACCAGUCGCUCCCAGAGUCCCUGGGAGAGCCUCUUUCCUCACUUCUGUGUUUCGGAGCAAGUGUUUGAAGAGUGAGAAGCCCACACCCAGCUCCUUCUGACCUUCGUUUCACUUUGUCGCCCUUGGAAAAGGCUGUUUUUCUUUAACUAAAAAUAUCUCAACCGCUUA